GUAUUAGUUUAUGACGUCAUGGGCGGAGUUUAGUUGAAGAUCGGAUUUGGAUUCGGUUGGCGGGUGCGGCCAUCUUGGUGUUUAAGUGACCUGGCGAUUUGGAUUUAGUUAGUGAAAAAUCGGUUGUAAUCCACAAUGUCGGAAAGGGAAGACAAUGUGUACAAAGCUAAAUUGGCCGAGCAGGCUGAACGUUACGACGAAAUGGUUGAGGCAAUGAAAAAUGUCGCCUCCCGCAAUGUGUCGGACAAUGAGCUCACAGUGGAGGAGAGGAACCUGCUGUCAGUGGCUUACAAGAAUGUUAUAGGAGCCCGUCGAGCCUCCUGGAGGAUCAUCUCUUCUAUUGAACAAAAGGAAGAAUCUAAAGGUGCGGAGGAGAAGUUGAGCAUGAUCCGCGCGUACCGCAGCCAGGUGGAGAAGGAGCUGCGUGACAUCUGUUCUGACAUCCUCAACGUCUUGGACAAACACCUCAUCCCCAGCUCGCAGACCGGCGAGUCCAAGGUGUUCUACUACAAGAUGAAGGGUGACUACCACCGGUACCUCGCCGAGUUCGCGACGGGCAACGACCGCAAGGAGGCGGCAGAGAACUCGCUGGUCGCGUACAAGGCCGCCUCCGACAUCGCCAUGACUGAGCUGCCGCCCACGCACCCCAUCCGCCUCGGGCUGGCGCUCAACUUCUCCGUGUUCUACUACGAGAUCCUGAACAGCCCCGACCGCGCGUGCCGGCUGGCCAAGGCUGCCUUCGACGACGCCAUCGCCGAGCUGGACACGCUGUCGGAGGAGAGCUACAAAGAUUCCACCCUCAUCAUGCAGCUGCUGCGGGACAACCUCACGCUGUGGACGUCGGACAUGCAGGGCGACGGCGAGUCGGGCGAAGCCGAGCAGAAGGAGCCGAAGGCCGAGGCGGAGGACCAGGACGUGUCGUAAUGCCUGCGCGCCGCUUAUCGUAACUAAAUUAUAUAAAAUAUUACAUAGUAUCGUCUCGUAAGACCCGCCCUCGCGACAGCCACUCCCGCACCCUCCGCCACACUCCGCCACCCGGAUAACAGUCAGUACAUCGGUACAUCGCUAUUGCAUGUUAGACGUAACAAAUCGGUUGUUAACAGUGAUUGAUCUCUCGGUGUCGUUCGUCGUCGUUAGCUUGUCUCUCUCGUUCUCCGGUCGGCUAGUUGUUACUUAGUGUCUCUCCUCUGUGGCUACUUUCUAAGGGAACUGUAAAUUUUCUAAGUAUUUUAUACCGUGUGUAAAAUGUUCGUAUUUAAAGAGCUGUUGAAUCUUAACGAAGCACUAUAGCGACGUGUAUUUAUACUGUACUAGUGUUUGCUGCAGGUUACGUUUGGUUUGGUUCGGUUCGGUUGUUGCACAAAUAGUUGGAGCGUUCGUGGAACUGGGAGCUCUCGCUCGGUUCGCUUUAAUUACUUACGAGUAUUGUGAUAGAGAUUUGUAUAUUUAAUUUAUUUUAUAAUUUCGCAUAUUCGUCGAUACGUCGUCGUGUCGCUAUCGGUGUAUGAGUGACGGAUGAGCGGCAGCGGGCCCGCAUACAUUCCAGCCGUUGGUGCCCGCCCCCAGUAAGAUAUUAGCGUUAUUAUUAUUUGAAUUUGUAAUAUUGCAUAUAUUUUUGUUAAUUUAUCCGAAAACAAAUGAAUAUACUGAUGCAAUUAGCCUUAGUGUUAUGCAAUAUUGAUUUAUUACCUACCAAUUACUGAAAAUUUAUUGUAAAUGACAGUGUAAAUCUAAUAAUAAAAUUCAAAAGUCCA